AUGGUCGGCAUGGUCAGGAUGGCGUUUAUCAACCCCGAACAGCUUGCGAUACAGAAAGCCUGCAGCGCGGCCAACAGCGCCGACAUAAUCGAGCUGAAGGCGUUCACCGUGCUCGAGACGAUGCUGUUCAUGCUCGUACUCGUGCUCGUCUACCAUAAGCAGCAUGUUUUUCACCCGUUUUUCAGUAUAUACCUUGGUGGCAUAAUCUUCUCACAUCUGGUCGUUGGUACGUUGACGCUGUUGAAGAUUUUUACAUCAAUUUUGGAGCCUUAUUCCGAAGACUUUUCCCUCGGGCUCCUCUACACGCUGAACUUCUUCUACUACUUGGCCGUCCCUCUAAACGUCUGCUGUGCGGUGGAACGGCUUUUCGCCACGCACUACUACAGACGGUACGAAGACAUGCGCCCGUGGCUAUUUCCCUUAAUCGCCAUUAUGUUAUCGGUGACAUUCUCACUCUGCGUUGUCGUAAAUAUUGGAGAUGGUACCAACUCGGUCUACUUUUCCGAUUCCGUCCAAAAAGCUCUCUCAAUCACGUCCGGUCUUUCUUUACUGAUUCGUCAUCUCCUCUGUGUUGCCAUGCCGCUCUCCAUCGUCGUCCUCAACCCAACAAUGUAUCGCCCGAUCCUAACAUUUCUCAAGCGUCUCGCCCCCCAAAGACGAAUCCGCUCCAACCUCCACCGUAUCCAACGCCAGGACACCGAGUUCAAAAACGCCAUCGGCAAAACGAUCACCUACUCCCAGUCUCAAGACGAAUAUUUUGCCCAGCUGGACAUGGCUUGGCAG